CCCUCCUCGUCCAAAACACGGGCGGGCGGUGGCGGGGCGUGGCGGAGCGUGGCGGAGUGACAGCCACGAGCCACGAGCACUGCACGGCCAGUGCGUGGGAACCCAGCUGAGCGCGAGCAGCCCGAGCAGCGCUAGAGCAGGACCGAGCGACAGCCAGCGAUAGCCACGCGAGCUUGAAGCGCAACACACUAUUCUGUCGGGGAUCAGCAGCAGCCGAGCGAUGGCGUCCCACGGCGUGCUCGAGAACUCGCCCAACGCGGCCAUCAACAAGGCCGUGGUGCAGCGCCUCAUGACGCUGCCCAUGCCGGCCAACAAGGUGCUGGCCACCUACAUCUGGAUCGACGGCACCGGCGAGAACGUGCGCUGCAAGAGCCGCACGCUCGACUUCAUCCCCAAGGAUGUCUCCGAACUGCCCGAGUGGAACUACGAUGGCAGCUCCACCUUCCAGUCUGAGGGCAGCAACUCCGACACGUACCUGAACCCCGUCGCCAUGUACCGCGACCCCUUCCGCGGCGGCGACAACAAGCUGGUCAUGUGCGACACCUACAAGAGCAACAGGAAGCCCACCGAAACCAACAAGCGCGCCGCCUGCGCCGCCGCCAUGGAGGCCGCCAAGGACCACAAGCCCUGGUUCGGCAUCGAGCAGGAGUACACCCUCCUCGACAUGGACGGCAGGCCCUUCGGCUGGCCCAAGAACGGCUUCCCCGGCCCCCAGGGCCCCUACUACUGCGGCGUGGGCGCCAACAAGGUGUACGCCCGCGACAUCGUGGAGGCCCACUACCGGGCGUGCCUGUACGCCGGCAUCAACAUCGCUGGCGAGAACGCGGAAGUGAUGCCUUCCCAGUGGGAGUUCCAGGUCGGGCCCUGCGAGGGCAUCUCCGCCGGCGACCAGCUGUGGGUGGCGCGCUACCUGCUGCACCGCGUGGCCGAAGAGUUCGGCAUCGUCGUCACCCUGGACCCCAAGCCCAUGCCCGGCGACUGGAACGGCGCCGGCGCGCACUGCAACUUCAGCACCAAGUCCAUGCGCGCGGACAACGGCAUCAUUGAGAUCGAGAAGGCCAUCGACAAGCUCUCCAAGAACCACCUGCGCCACAUCCAGGCCUACGACCCCAACGGAGGCAAGGACAACGAGCGACGACUGACUGGCCGCCACGAGACCUCAUCCAUCCACGACUUCUCCGCCGGCGUGGCAAACCGUGGCGCCAGUGUGCGCAUCCCUCGCUCCGUGGCCGAGGAGAAGAAGGGCUACCUGGAGGACCGCCGACCCUCGUCCAACUGCGACCCUUACUCCGUCACCGAGGCCCUCGUCCGGACCUGCGUCCUCGAGUAAAAGCCAAAACCCCACCACAUGGCCCACUACACCGGACCAGGCGAUUCAUCCAAAUUUUAUAUUUUGUGUAAAGCGGGUAAAGAUUUGGUGGAGAGGCAGACAGCAGGACUUAUUUUUGAUACGCUUUCUUGUCGUUAUAGUUGAGGUGGUGAUAUCAUUUCCUAACUAUUCGUUAUCAUUUUGCUGCCCCCCCUUCACCUCUAGUGGAGGUGAAAUUGGUGGAAAGGCCUUCUCAGUUGGGAUCCAUGCAUGUCAGCCAGAAUUGCUGGGUCCCAAUGUCCCAUGCUCGUGAUGGAGUAUGGCCAUGGCCUAACUGAAUAUAAAGCGAAGUGCCAUGGUGUGUGACUAUGCUGCAACAUUCUCAUUCAUCCUCAUUUGAGGCCGUGAUCAUACUUUUCUGUGUGCUGUUUUGAUUUUGUGUUAGAGUUUGUUAUGAAUUUAUUGUACAUAAUAAACUGUUACUGUUAUUCCAAAUUGUUUUGACAUCUAGAUAGUCUAUUGUCACUUUUUAUUACUAUUAUAAUUAUUCGAGUCACUUAAGUCAGUGUACAUCCAUAACGGCUUGAUGCAUCGUUAUGUACUGUAGAAGAAAAUUAGAUCAAACUUGUUUGCUUUUUUUUAUAUUGGAGUUAUGACUUGUAACUACAUCUUGAUUUCUAUUUCACUCUCUUCUACCUUCCAAUUAUGUAUACUCUCAUUUAGAUUGUUUAAAUAUGCAUACUUGCAUGUAUAUGUGUAUAUAUCUAUAUAUAAAAAUGUAUAAAUAUUGAUAAAUUGCAUCUAAUACCUCUCACCCUCCCAUAUAGUGUUUACAGCUAUUGUUAACACAAAGUGCCAGGUCAGCAGAUGUCCUGUGGGGAUUCCCACUGUACAUGCUGCUACAUAUCAAAGAAAGGGCUUACUUGAAAUCAAACAAUCAAUGAUAGCUCUCUGAGCCCCAUGCCAAAUACCACCUCAAAGAGACCUUCUGGUCAAAGUUUAAAAAUUGAC